AUGUCAGCUACUUUUGAUAGAACAUGGAUGUGGCACCCAUCAUUCCCCGAAGACAUAUCCGAUACAGCUGGACUAUUCGUCCAUUUUAGGAGGCAGUUCUCGAUUGACUCUGGCAGCGUACCCGAGUCUCUCAAGAUCCAUAUCACUGCCGACACCAAGUACAAGCUUUAUGUGAAUCACCAACUAGUCGCUUUCGGCCCCGUCAAAGGCGACCAUAACUUAUGGUUCUAUGAUGAGCUUGACAUUGGACCGUAUCUCAAGGAAGGAGAUAACUAUAUCGGCGUCCACGUUCUCCGCUUCUUUUACUCGACACAAUAUGCCCCAGCCUUUCCUCGCCUGCCCACUGGGGGUUUGAGAAUCAUUCUUCCAGACAAGACCGCACCUUGGCCAGAGCAACUCUCCAGCAGCGACUCAUGGGAGACUGCAAUCGAUCCUGUCAGUCGCCUCCGAGUUGAUGAGCCUGAGGAUGUCUUUCUUCACAUCUACGAAAGUCACCAAGUAGAAGGCUCUAAUCGUCCGCUCGAUUGGUUGCCAGCUCAGGUCCUCAAGUUCAAGAAUUCAACUGGCAACUCGACCCCCUGGCACCUCUCGCCUCGUCUCAUACCGCCUUAUCGCAUUACGGCAGACGCUGGUUUCACAGGAAUCCACAACUUGAAAAGCAAUGUGCCAAUGGAGACAUGGAGUGCAUUCUUACUUGGACACGAGCAUGGCACACUGCAGCGUAGACUGCAUCUUGGGCCAGGAUCGCGUCAUGAGUUGGAGCUCGAGGUCGCCCAUCACACAACGGCUUUCAUUCGUGCCUGUUUCACACGGCCUUCCGAGAGAGGCGGUCAUAUCAAGAUCACGUAUACCGAGAGCUACGAAGACGAGCCGGACUACUAUAAAGGCGAGAGAAAGAAAGCCCAUCGUAGCGAUCGAACAAAACAACUCUUUGGUCCGCAUGAUAUUUAUCAUUUUCGAGGAGUAGAUGGAUUCAAUCGCCUCGAAUAUUACGAUGAGACGGCACAUGAAAUUUUUGCCCCGUUCCACUUCCGAACCUUUCGCUUCAUCAAGGUCGAGAUUCUUGUUGGAACUACAGGCUUGGAUUUUCGGGGGCUUGAUUUCCAGACUGCGCACUACCCUCUAGACGUUAGAGCAGUAUUUUCAGCCACACGAGGACCAAGCUAUAGCAACUCUGCCGCUGCUGUGGAUGAUUUGUGGAAUACUAGCAUACGCACUUUGGUGAAUUGCAUGCAUGACUGCUACGAGGACUGUCCUUUCUAUGAACAGAUGCAGUACGCCAUGGAUACUAGAAGCUCUGCAAUCUUCACUUAUUGUAUCUCCGGGGAUGAUACGUUGGCACGACAAGCUAUCAUCCAGCUACAUAAUUCUUUUCAGCCGAGAAUCGGAUUAACAGCAAGCAGAGCGCCUACUCAUAGACAGCAGUUCAUCUCUCAUUUUUCACUAUAUUGGAUCUGCAUGUUGUGUGAUCACCAUGACUACUAUGGUGAUGAAGCGUUUUUAUCACAGUUCAUGCCCAUCGCAGAUGCCAUUUUAACAUACUUUGAAUCUCGCGUCGAUUCUGGAUUGCAUCUCGUUAAGCUCCAAUUCGGACCAGAUACCGGUAUAUGGCAUUUUAUAGACUGGACAAAGGAGUGGAAGCCGUACGGAUAUCCACCUGUCUUCGAGCGUACUGGCAUCUCUACCUACACAAAUGCGAUCUACGCCUACACUUUGAGCGCCAUAUCCAAGCUGAUCAGUGCUCUUGGAAGACCCGCACUUGGAGACGAAUACAGGGACCGCGCCAGGCGUAUUGUUUCAUCUCUUCGGGCGCAUUGUUUUGACGGCGAGUUCUUCACCGACAGUCUGGUUUCUGCUUACGCCGAGCACGAAAUGCCAACAUAUAGCCAGCAUAGCCAAAUUUGGGCUGUGCUGAGCGGAGCCAUCAGUGGCGGAGAGGCACAGACACUGUUGCGGAAAAGCACAGAGCGGACAGUCGCUGGACAAUUCAUUCAGGAAUCAGUCGCCAUGUCCUUCUAUACGCUUCGAGCCUUUUCUCUUGCAGGAGGUAGCGUCUAUGAAGACCAUUUCCACCAGUUUUGGAAACCGUGGCACGAUCAACUGGCACUGCAUGUCACCACCUGGGUCGAGGACGCUGUCGCCCAACGCUCUGACUGUCACGCCUGGGGAAGUGUGCCCCUCUAUGAGUUUAUGGCGGAAGUUGCUGGGGUGCGGCCAGAUCGCCCUGGCUGGAAAGCUAUCAAGUUUCAACCAAGGUUGGGACUCUACUCUAGCCUAAGUGCUACUGUACCUGUUGGCACAGUCGGCGGUGAGACAUUGGGAGCCGUACAUGUUUCGUGGACUGGAUUUGAUGCUGGCGUGAAGAUAGUCGUUAGAGGGGAGAAGCUAGUAUCUCGACCGAUUCCUUUGCAUAUAGUCCUGCCGAACCAAGACCUGCGUCUAGAUUGGACAGGACAUCAGUUAGAGUUUACGAUAAGCGCCUAG